CCCCCUCUUCUCUGCCCCUCCCCCCCGCCCCCUCCCCCCGCCCCACGCGGCACAGCGCUGCGCGGGGUCCGCCCGGCUCCUCCUCGCUGCUUCCUGCCCUGGUGCAUGGCGCGAAUAAAACCUGGCACAAUGGAUCCCAGCAGCACACUACAAGACGCAAAUGAUGGGCACAAGCGAUUGAGUGCCUCGGAUAUUGCAACAAGCGACCAGGAAGUGAUAGGCUUGCUCAUAGCCCAGUCUAACCAAGAAAUUGAUGCCACUGACAACUUCCCAGUGAGCUCUGGGGACAUGUCCCAAGGAAAUGAAGAAAGCAUGCGAUUUGAAGAUGGGCAGGCAGUGCAGCUGGAAGAUGGAACAACAGCAUUCAUCUACUACACAAUCAAAGAGGGCUACGACCAAAGCCUGGUACAGGCCGUGCAGUUGGAGGAUGGGACCACGGCGUACAUCCACCACCCAGGCCCUGAUGGGGCCAUCCGGGUCGAGGGUUCCGAGGAUGCGGAGGGACCUGACACAACAGACGUCGAGGCCAUUAGCGUUCUUGAGCAGUACGCGUCUGUUGUAACAGGGGAGAAUGAUGGUAAUAGUUCAGAGGGCUUGAUGUCAGACAUCAAAAUCAAAAAGAGUAUGAACAGAGCCAGCAGUUCAGGACAGCCAUCGGGUGAAAAAUCAUUCCACUGCCGUUACGAAGGUUGUGGAAGGCUCUACACGACUGCACACCAUUUGAAGGUACAUGAGAGGGCUCACACUGGCGAUCGACCAUAUCGCUGCAACCAGCCAUGCUGUGGGAAGGCCUUCUCGACAGGGUAUGGUUUAAAAAGCCACUUGCGAACACACACGGGAGAGAAGCCCUACCUGUGUCCAGACGAGACGUGUCGGAAAGGAUUUAAAACCUCGGGGGAUCUUCAGAAGCAUAUCCGUACUCACACAGGUGAAAAGCCAUUCAAAUGUCCGUUUGAAGGCUGUGGGAGAUCCUUCACAACAUCGAAUAUUCGCAAGGUUCACAUUCGAACGCACACAGGAGAGCGGCCAUACCUCUGCCCAGAGCCAGGCUGUGGCAGGGGCUUCUCCAGUGCCACUAACUACAAAAACCACGUCCGCAUUCACACAGGCAAGAAACCCUAUGUGUGCACGGUGCCAGGCUGUGGCAAGCGCUUCACCGAGUACUCGAGUCUCUAUAAGCACCAGGUUGUGCACACACCAGUCAAGCCCUACAGCUGUAGCAACUGCAGCAAGACGUAUCGGCAGCCGUCCACUCUGGCCACACACAAGCGCUCCGCACACGGUGACAUGGAAGCUACGGAGGAGAGCGAGCGGGCACGCUACGAGCAGCAACAGGGUGGGGAUGUUCCGAGCAAACGACAGAGAAUUGCUUACUUGACCGGUGUGGAAGGGGAGGAUGGGAUCACUGCCCAAGUUGCUGUGGUGACGCACGAUGGCCUCACCCCACAAGUGGCACUCAUUACACAAGAUGGAACACAGCAGGUAAACCUUUCACAGGCUGACCUACAGGCUUUGGGAACUGCUAUUGCAAUGGUAACGCAGGAUGGGACCACUAUCACUAUGCCAUCACACAGCACUAGCAUGACGGAUGCUGUCACCAUGGUCUCUGAAGGCUCUGAGUCGCAACAGGUAACAAUUGUGACGGAGGGAUUGUUAGACGCAUCGAUAACGAGCAUGACCUCCAAUAAUGUGGACAAGAUUGUCAUCAGAGAUGGCCUGCCUUCCGUCCGCCUUGUUGCAACAACUAAUGGCACACAGAUUGCCGUGCAGCUUGAAGAUUCCCAGUCCUGAGGACUGCACGGGAAGUGAUGAAAUGCCUAUGCCUGCAGAAUUAAUUUGACUAGAAGUGUUAUGAGAAGCCAUGAGCCAGAUGGUGGACAGCGGUUGUCCCAGCUUAAAAAAAGAAGACAGAAGGAAUCUGUUGUUGGUUGUGAAUUGCACGAAAGUUAAGACUGGUCUGCAAUAUUCUAGUUCCACGGGAAGAAGGAAGUUAUUUGGACAUCUGGAAUAUCGGUGCAGAUAUAAGAUGUUGGAUUUUUAAAUAUGUGUAAAAUGGGAUUUUAAAGCAGUGAAAAGGAACACUGGUACUUCCCAAUCACUCAUGCGAUUGAUGUGGCUGCUACAUAAGAAAUGUCUAUAAUAAAGUGACGGAUGCUCUAUUAUUCCCAUGUCGCGAUGACUUAAAGUUUUCACAACAUGCUACCAUAUAGCUUUGUUCAUGGACUUGUUUAAUACAUUUAAAAGAACAACCUCAGGGUGACACCAUGUAUAUUACCUACAUGACCUGAAGAUGGCGUUAGCACAAGAAUUAGGCUGUUUCAGCAGCUAUCGUUAUGCAGCUCAUGGGGUUAUAUUUGCUAUAAAUAUCCUUUUUGUGGGUAGUUUUCAGACUAAAUCGCUGUGCGGAUGAAAAAGCUUAAAGGACAACAUUUGCCAUCAUUUUUCGUUGAGAAAUGUUUGGUUUUGCCAGGAAAAAUGCUAAUUUUACCAAAUGGUAUCCUAUACCAGUAUAGCAUUAGUUUAUUUAGUCAAGUCACAGACUCGAGUGUCACUGUGAAUAUCCCGAAUUUGCAUUUUUUCCUUGAAUGAUUAUUAAUUUUUUGGUAAAAUGCUGUUUGCUAAGGGUUUAUUUUGUACAAUGCCUUGCCAAUAAAAUGAAAAUAUCAAGUGUGCAAAUGUGUCUAUGAACAUUACUCAUAAAAUGUAAGCAUUGAUAAUUAAAUUUUAACUAUCCAACUUUGGCAGUUGAUGCAAGUUUGUGAACUUAUUUUGUUUUCUUUGAAUCCGACGUGACAAAAUGCCAUAUUGUCAACUUUUUUUUAAAAUAAAGAAUAUUCUUAGGAGCGU